AUGCCUGAAGACAAAAAGAAUCAAAUCAGUCUUACCAAGUUCAUUGCAAAUCUGGAGCCAUUUUAUAGUAACAAACAGGAUAAAAAGCAUACCACUUGGCUUAAGAGUGUAGACCGUCUCUGUAAAGCAGUCAAUAUGUCAGACAAAGAUGUUCUUGUGGUUGCUACAUCUUACCUUCAUGGACCAGCCAAAAUUUGGUGGGACAGCAUCGAAGACCGAACAUAUAUAUGGAAAGAAUUUACUGAUACCUUUAUGAAUCGGUUUGCUUCUUACAAUGUUGUCUAUAAGCUUCGGGAACUAUUCUCAUCUGUCAAGGUGAACAGUGAAUCUUUCAAGGUCCAUAGUCUUUUGCAGGCGAUUGAUCCUCAAAUCGCUUAUGAAUUGGAGCAACGUGACGAUUUGCCUGUUGAUUUUGAGACCGUAGCAGAAAAAGCACAAAAACUGGAGCUGGUAAAAGCCAAAUAUCAUAAUGAUUUGGUUGAAAGAUCAAGCAUUGGUUCCGAAUCUGGUUGCAGUACCAUUAGCAAGGCCUCGACUCUCCGUGAUUUAGUCAAAGAAUUUGGUGCUCUAAAGGUUCAUGUAAUUGAACAACCCAAAUCCAAGUCUGUUUCUCUGCCAUCAACUAAUAAACCCCGUGGAAAAUGCUGGGCGUGUGGUUCAGAAGAUCAUAUUUCUCCCCAGUGUCCACAACAGCCCAAGCAUAACAAUGAUCAGAGAAAAGGCAAUGGCCAGCAAUAA